CAUUUUCUCAAGAGACCUCAUUCUUUGGUUGCUCGAGUAUACAAAGCUAGGGGAUUAGACGUAGAAUCUGUAAUGGAGGAUAUACUCUUUUGUGGGGUCACACGUGGUUACCCGAGGAAGGAGGGAGUGGGGAUAUUUGGGGUACACCACCCUUAUCAUUUCCUCAAUUGAUGCAGCGAGCAGCAGAUAAAGGCAACAUCAAGUCCACCGCCGAGUGCUGGUCUCUUACAGAAUUGGGACACGAGUAAUAACCGCGCCGCUCAGAAUUGGAACAUGAGUGAUAGGCCGGUUUCUUCUGAUGAGGCACUUCAGAUUGUGCUCAGUGCAGCUCGUCGUCUACCACCGGUUACGGUGUCGCUCCACCAGGCGUUAGGAAGAAUACUGGCUGAAGAUAUCACUGCCCCUGAUCCUCUUCCUCCCUAUCCCGCCUCUAUCAAGGAUGGAUAUGCUGUUGUUGCCUCGGAUGGCCCAGGUGACUAUCCUGUAAUAACCGAGUCAAGAGCAGGAAAUGAUGGGCUUGGUGUGGUUGUGACCCCUGGAACUGUUGCAUAUAUUACAACUGGAGGACCUGUACCUGAUGGUGCUGAUGCUGUUGUACAAGUAGAGGAUACUAAAUUGUUGUUAGACAGUUCAAACAAAUCAAGGCAAGUACGGAUAUUGAAGGGAACUAGCCCGGGAGUUGAUAUUCGCCCAAUGGGAUCUGAUAUUGCAAAAGGUGAUAUAGUAUUGAAAUCUGGGGGUCGUUUGGGGCCUCCAGAAAUUGGUUUACUUGCCACAGUUGGUGUGAUAACGGUGAAGGUGUAUCCUAUCCCAACAAUUGCUGUCCUCUCAACAGGUGACGAACUUGUAGAGCCAACUGUUGGAUGCUUAGCCCGGGGUCAGGUGGGAGAACUCUUAUAUCUUCCUUAAAACUGCUUGCAUUGGGGUCACUGUGGUGUGCUAGACUGCUAGGCUGCUAUUGAUCAAUCUAUGGUUGAAGUCUGAAUAAUUUAAUUUUGCCAGAUUUUUGUAGUAUUAUGCCAUGUAUAUUCACAUGAAAGUUCUGUUUGAAACUUUAGUGCAUUUUGAUAUCCUCGAGCAAGUUACUUUCUUGAAAUGUUCAAAUGCUUUUAACACCCCCCCCCCCUCCAGUUCCUCUCUAAUUUUUAUCAUCUGGUUCAUUUCUUCCUAGAUGUCAAAGUU